GACGGUCACGGGGGUUCACAUAUCUACACGAUAACGAGUGACGUUGACGUGAAUAUUAUGACGUCACAGCGUAAGAUAUGGCUUUUGCAAACAUGACGUGGAUGAUUGGAUUUGUUCCCUGCAUGUUUCUUUCUUUGACAAAUGCAGAACUUGCUGGAGAAGCCCGCCUUUUGAAUGACAUCUUUAGAGAGUACAAGAGAGAAGCGAGACCUUGUCUUGACGCCAGAAAACCCGUACAAGUGGCCGUUGGAUUCACCCUGACCCGUCUUGAUGAACUAGAACUCAGAGACCAAAUUCUCUCCACAACAGGAUGGCUCUCUAUAACUUGGAAAGACGAAUUUUUAACAUGGAAUCCUGAUCACUAUGACAACCUGACGAAGGUGAAUGUUCUAGCCAACUCAAUAUGGCUUCCAGAAAUAGCACUUGAUAAUAGCAUUGGAAACAUUUUUGAUGGCGAAUUUACGGACCGUUUUAGAGUGAGUAUUCAUCAUUCUGGCGAGGUCCUUUGGGAACCCGGUGGCACUUUACGCACCACCUGCGAAAUGUCCAUCAAUGCUUACCCUUUUGACCACCAAACUUGCGAUAUAGUUUUCGCAAACUGGCAGUACACCAAAGAUCAGGUCAAUUUAACCAGCAACCAGAGCAAAAUUAAUAUGGAAACUUACACAGAAAAUGGCGAAUGGGAGAUAGAAUACACAAAACUGAUCAGAGCGGAGUGGAGCUCUGAAAGUCAUCCAAGCGAUGUGUAUCCCGAGAUAGUGGUCACCAUCCACGUCCGCAGGCGAGUCCUGUACUACCUGGUCAACAUCAUGAUGCCGUGUGUGAUGAUGUCCCUGCUUGUUCUGGUCGUCUUCCACCUCCCUCCCGACUCUGGGGAGAAGGUCUCUCUCGGCGUGACCGUCUUAUUGGCCUUCUCUGUGUUCCAGUUGAUGAUUGCAGAGAGCGUCCCCACAUCAUCAAAGUCCAUCCCAUUAAUUGGAAUAUAUUUAUUGUUCUUCAUGGGAGAAUCAACAUUUUCAGUAGCUGUGUCUGUUUUAGUAUUAAAUCUUCACCACCGAAUGGAAUACAAACCUCCUCCUGAUUGGCUUAGAAAGCUUGUAUUGGAUUGGAUGGCCCGCGUCGUUUUUGUACGCAGAAUCAAAACUAGCGCCACAUGUCCUGUAAAUGAGAAUAAACCUUGCAAAGCUAGUACUGUUCUAUCUAAACUGGACAAGAUAGAAAACGUUGUUUCAAAUAAAACUAGAUUCGAUUACGAAUCUGAAACGGAAUAUCCAACAAGUGAAAGCAAGAGCUCAAAACAGUGUUUGGGUUCGAACAGGCGACUUCCAACCAGUCCUCUGUUACCACCAAUAGGAGAGCCAGACGACAAUGCAUGUUGCGCACAUCUGGAAUACAGUGGACAAAGUCCUCAUCGAAUUCCAGACAUUCAAAUACAUUUAUCAGAGAGCAAGUCUCAAUCUGUUCACUCUGUACACAACGAAAGACCAAACGACGACAUUAAAACUCAAGACAAACAUUACUUGAAAACUUGUGACUCUACGAGGUUUGAACCCGGAGUUGGGGACCAUUUAUCGCUGCGUGCGCUCUCACCGGAAGUAGCUAGGUCGGCUGUGCGUUUGAUAAAAAGCAUUGCAGCCAUGGAUAGGAUACCAAGUGGUUGCUAUAGGGACGAACUCAUGACAAUUAUAGGAGACACAUACAAGGAACUUCGCCAGCAACGGAAAGACGACGAAAUGGACGCUGUCUUUGAAAACGAAUGGAAAAGAAUAUCAAAGAUUGUUGAUAGAUUUUUCUUCAUGAUCACGUUAAUAGUGAUGAUUUCAUCUACUAUUGUUGUUUUCUGCAUUAUGCCUUAUUCUAAUCAUGAUUAAAUUCAUUUCAUAUUUUGAGAGGGGUUCAG